GUUAGAUAAAACCCACACACAAAUAGGGGAGGAGACUAGAAGCUUUAAAAAGUGCAGAAGUGUUGAGCUGAUGCAUUUGUACUGAAGGUGAUCAUCAUCAUCAUCAUCAUCAUCAUGGCCAACUGGAUUAUUAACAAUGGAGUGACCUUAGUCACACUGGUGGUGUGGAUGGGCAUCAACCUCUUCCUCUUCGUGUGGUUCUACUUCUUCUAUGACCUGGGGGAUCAGUUCUUCUACACGCGACACAUCUUGGGGUCUGCUCUGGCGUGGGCGAGGGCGCCUGCAGCCGUGCUCAACUUCAACUGCCUGCUGAUCCUCCUCCCCGUGUGCCGGAACCUUCUGUCCCUCAUCAGAGGCUCUCUUGUGUGUUGCAGUCGGAGUUUGAGGAAGCAGCUGGACAAAAACAUCGACUUCCACAAGCUGGUGGCGUACACCAUCGCCUUGAUGACAGCCGUCCACGUCAUCGCCCACCUCCUCAACAUGGAGUGGUACAACAACAGCAGACGAGGACAAUAUGACGAGCUCAGCACGGCGCUGUCCAACCUGAACGACAGCAGCACCACCACCUACCUCAACCCCUUCAGGAGCACCGACAUAGACCCCCAGCAGAACCCAACUUACGUGGUGUUCACCACCAUCGCCGGCAUCACGGGGGUCAUCAUCACGCUGGCCCUCAUCCUCAUCAUCACCUCCUCCAUGGAGGUCAUCCGCCGCAGCUACUUUGAGGUCUUCUGGUACACGCACCACUUCUUCAUCAUCUUCUUCGCCGGUCUGGUCAUCCACGGCGCCGGGCGCAUCGUGAGGAGUCAGACCACCACCGACCCGCCGCACAACUUCACCAUUUGCAAAGAUCGCUUUAACGAGUGGGGGCUGAUCCCAGAGUGCCCCGUCCCUCAGUUUGCGGGAGGCUUUCCUCAGACGUGGAUGUGGGUGAUCGGGCCCAUGAUUUUGUACCUGUGCGAGCGCCUGCUUCGUCUGGUUCGCUACCUGCAAACGGUCCAUUACAGAAAGAUCGUCAUGAGGCCGUCCAAGGUGCUGGAGCUGCAGCUGGUCAAGAGCGGAUUCAAGAUGGAGGUGGGCCAGUACGUCUUCCUCAACUGCCCGGCCAUCUCGCAGCUGGAGUGGCACCCCUUCACCAUGACCUCGGCCCCCGAGGAGGACUUCUUCAGCGUCCACAUCCGCUCGGCCGGGGACUGGACUGAAAAACUCAUCAGCAUCAUGGAGCAGCUCCCAGAGGGGGUGCAGGGGCCCAAGAUGGGCGUAGACGGUCCCUUCGGUACCGCCAGCGAGGACGUGUUCACCUACGAGGUCAGCAUGCUGGUCGGCGCCGGCAUCGGAGUCACGCCCUUCGCCUCCAUCCUCAAGUCUAUCUGGUACAAGUUCAAGGAGUCCAACCCCAAGCUGCGCACCAGGAAGAUCUACUUUUAUUGGCUCUGCCGCGAAACUCAUGCCUUCGAGUGGUUCGCCGACCUCCUGCAGGUGCUGGAGAGGGAGAUGGAGGAGAGGGGCAUCGGGGAUUUCCUGACCUACAAGCUCUUUCUAACCGGCUGGGAUCAAAGCCAUGCCAAUCAUGCCAUGGUGCACUUUGACAAGGAGACCGACGUGGUGACCGGCCUCAAACAGAAAACUCAUUACGGAAGACCCAACUGGGACAAGGAGUUUGAAGAAGUCCGCAAAGAGAACCCCUCGGCUGUGGUGGGAACCUUCUUGUGCGGCCCCGUCGCUCUGGCUAAAGUUUUGGUGAAGAAAUGCAUCAAAUACUCUGACAUGGAUCCCCGCAAGACCAAGUUCUACUUCAACAAAGAGAACUUCUAAACAACAAGGUCCUUAUGCAAGACCUGUUGGUGGAAUGUUGCUCAACGCUAAUUACGAGGAGCAGCAGAUGAUGACAGCAUUGCACGCCAACCAACAUCCGGGUCGGACCGGAUUAGUCCUAGAAGUGUGUGUCUUCCCAAAUACACACAAACCUUUAACAACAACAACAACGCAGGGUGUGUUGCUCUUCCUUCUAGGACUUGUCCUGUCCCACCCAGGGGGGCCGGUGUGUAUGGUCCACAAGUUUAGUUUUUUUUAAUCGGCCUAAAAAUGACAUUAAAAAAAGGACAAACUACAACAACACAAAGCUGAGAUCCAGGCUGCUUCUUCUUGAAUAUACUUGAGGUUUAGCAUAUCAUGACCUGCAUUGGAUUGGUUUUAGUCUCUGCUUUGAACUUCUUCCAUUGACUCUCUUUGUUUAUUUUGUGUUACAUUUGUUAAUAUACAUCAUUUUCCAUUGUUCCAACUUUAAAGUCAACAAUGUAAAUAAACAUCAGCACUUUUACUGUACAAAAAUA